CCGGAAGAAGCUUGUGUUAUUUCAUCAGGUUUGUGAGGUUGAAAUGUGGUUUGUGUUUUGCCGCGUUGUUUCACUUUAUGAAGGCUGUCAUUAACGUCGCUGUUAAUUUAAUGAAACCAGGAAGUGCUCGUCGACAAGGGGCCAAAAUGUGCAAAGAGCUGAAGACCAAAGUGCUGAGCCUGGUACCGCUGACCUCCAACGGACCGUCUGUCCAAAUAGAUGACACUGAAAUCCUGCAGUGUACUGUGAAGGCUCUGAAGGAUGGCCAUGUGGUCGCUGUACCCACUGACACUAUCUACGGCCUGGCAUGUCUAAGCCAGAACUCUGAGGCCAUCAGAAGAAUUUAUGACAUCAAAGGACGAAAUGGGCACAAACCACUGGCCAUCUGUGUUGGAGAAAUUCAGGACAUUUAUAAGUACUGUAAAGUGAAAGUAAAGAAAGAGCUCCUGAGUGACCUGCUGCCUGGUCCUGUCACUCUGGUGUUUGAAAGGUUGGAGAUAUUGAACACUGAUCUGAACCCAUUUACUUCACUUGUCGGUGUUCGUAUUCCUGAUCAUGACUUCUUGAGGCGCCUUUGUCAGAUGUGCGGGGAGCCUCUUGCACUCACCAGCGCCAACGUCAGCUCACACAGCAGCACGGUAGCCGUCCCUGAGUUUAAGGAGCUCUGGCCCAAACUGGCUGUGGUGGUGGACGGUGGUGUUAUUGAAGACCAGAGCCGCCUCGGGUCAACAGUGGUCAACUUGUCAGUACUUGGCAAAUACCGCAUCAUCAGGCCUGGCUGCGCUCUUUCUGCUACAGUGGAGGUGUUGGAGCACAAGUACGGACUGACAAAAGGUCCACAGGAAGAAUGACCUUUGACCUCAUCGCAUUUAAUAACGCACACCGAGACACACAUGUCAUUUGACCUGAGGCUUCUUCUGAACAGAGAGGUCCUUCAUUCUUCUGUGGGAAUGCUGAUCAUGUUUACCUUGAACUGUGGUGGAGCUGCAGUCGUCCUGGAUCUGAUGGAUGACGUGCCGACUCUUCCAAGCUCCAGUUCGUGGUGUCGGGAUUUGGCUUGUGGAAUGUCAGACUGUCUUGUUUCUCUUUUGCCAUGUUUGUUUUAAUUCUGUAAAAUGUCAUAGUAUAAUGUAUCAGUGGCUCCCAACUUUUUUUUGGAGCUCCCCCCCAAAAACAUUCUUUCCACAGUUACAAAAAAAAAGAAAAUCCUGAAAAGUGAUAGGUUUUCCUAAUUUUUCUCUUUGGUUCAUCCAAAGCAAAUAAUGUCUAGAUGGUUUUGAUUAAGUGUGUUAUUAUGACUUUAUUUAAUCAGUACCCUUUUUAAUCUUGAUAAUCUCGCAGCAGACAAAACCUUGGACACCCCCUGUGAUAGGUGGCACCCCGAUAAGGGGGGGGGGGGUCGGACCACAGGUUGGAACCAGAGUACUGUAUAAUGGUUUUUGUUGUUUUUUUUUUGCAUUAAAAUGCAGGGUUUUGUUUACUUUUUUGUAGCUGUCAAAGUAACUUAUUUGAAUUUCUAUUUUGGCAUUUGUAGAGCUCAUUGUUUCAAGCAGAGCCAUCACUGAUAAAGGGAUGGGGGCUUUGCUAAAUACGUAAGAUUGUAAUUAAGGACCUGUUUGAGGGUAGGAAACCCCCCCCCAGUAGUUAUUUUAUGAACAUAUGUAAAUUGAACAAUUUGAGACAUAAGGGUGUCACAUAAUUGUUCAAAAGUGACUUAAAAUAACUUUG